ACACAUCACAAAGCGCUGUGCCUGUGCUUAUGCUGCCGCUGCAGCUGCGUUCAACACAUAAUUUUGUGCAAGGUUGGAGAUUUUUAUUUAACUAUUUGUUUUUGUGAUUGUGUUGAGAUGGCACAGCCAAAGCCAUGUUAACGUUACUGCUGUGAAUGCAAUAAGCCGAAAAAGUGCACCGAAAACGACUAGGAGCUGCAGUAAAGGCAGCGUAUCGGAAAAAAAGCAACAUAAGAAAAAAACGAAACCCAAACAAACUGCAAAGCUGCAUUUUUACGAGACAUUUUGGCAUUCAUAAUGACGCCAUUUGAUGAUUUUGUCUAUUUAAUAAAUCACGUGCUGCUUGGCGAAGAGCCGACCAUUGAGGAUUUCAUAUUGCUUGUGGGCACAUUGGUGGCCUUCAUAGCUUUUAUACUCUGGUGUUGCUUUCCCAUACAGCCAAAGGAACCGGGACAGCACCGUCAGUUCACGUGUAAAAUUAUACAGAAUCACAUAAAGGCGUUCGAUGCAGCUAGCAGAAUGGAGAAUAACGGCACAGCAACAGCAACGGCAGCGGCUGCGGCAGCUGCCAGCAGUAAUGGAAACAAUGGAAGUAACGGCACAGCCGGCGGCAUCACAAAUGGCGCUAGUGCUCACUACAAUGGUGGCGGCAGCGGUAGUUAUAGCAAAAACGGCACCGUAUCCAUGCACAACUAUUACGUUAAAAACGGCCACCAUUGUUGCACCUAAGCAGGACAUAGAACUUAACCAGGCCCAAGGCACUGACCAAGUCACUUUAUUUUUGUGUGCGUGUGGUGUUUUUUUUUUGCGCUUUGUGUAGUUUAUAAUAUUUAUGUAUAUCGAUUAACUUUCAUUAUUGUUCUAUAUACAUGUCUGUAUGUGUGUAUAUAUAUAUUUGUCAUUUAGAAGAUGUAUUGUGCCAAUUGAUAGUUCGAAGCGCGAAGCUGAAAGCUAAUGUAAAGCGUCUUGAACUUUGUUCCACACCCUCACGUCCCGUUCCCGCUCCCCGCACGCCCCCGCAAAACAUUUAUAUGGAUUGUAAACGUGUAACUCGCAAGGAAAUUUAUUUAUGUAUUUGUAAUUGCUCAGACUGAUUUGUUCAUGGUAAAAAUCAAUUGCAUUUUAUGCCAAUUAACCAUGACGGCUAAGGAAAAGACAUGUGAAGAGAGAAAUGUUGAACUUCUAUGUAUAUAUAUAUAUAUGAUAAAUAUAUAUGUAUAUGUAUUGUAUAUGAAUUUGCAUUCGAAUACCAAAUGAAAAACGAAAACUAUGUAAGACAUGACGGUAAACAAGGAAACCAAGCAAACUAUUUAUAAGUAUUUAUUUAUGUAUGAUGUAUGAUGUACGAUGUACAAACAAUGUAUGAUGUAUGACGAAACGUAAACAAAAGCAAACAAC